GUGGUUGUCUUUCUGCUCCCCUCGGUCUCUACUGUACACAGCCUUUCCACAAGCAGGUGUCCCCUGAAGCGGCUACCGUUUGCAGUGUGUCUUUUGGUUGGUUUAUUUACAUGAAACACAUUUGUGAUUUUGUGCUACUCUGACAUUUGGAGUAGUACUGCAGUUUUUGGGUGUAACCAUUGCUGAUAAUUCUGCAUCGUGUGGUAAGUACAGAUUGCUUUACAACAUGAAUGUGUGUCUCUGUAUUAAAAAUAUGACCAGCUGUAAUGUUAUAUGGAUUUAGAUAGCCAAUUUGAUCAUGUAACUCAGAUUUGAAUAAGCACCCAUUUUACCAGGCACAUGCUACAUAAAAUGUUAUGUAAAUCAACAGUGACCUAUUUAGGUCAACAUCUCAUUUUGGAGACUAGUUGUGGGAAAAGGUUGUGAGGCCAAAUCUUUGUCAGACAAAGUCUAGACCUACUUCUAAUCGCCUUGCUUUUGCCUUGCUUAAGCACUUCAGCCUGCACAAUAAUCGUCAGUGAUUAAAGGUUUAGUAAAAACAUAUUUGUCUUCUGCUGGAUGUGAGUUUAAUGGCUUGUAUCACAUUUCCUGGACCCUGUCUAGGGCCAGAGAGGUGCCAGGUUCAAGACUACUCUGCAGUCUGCACUAUGUCUUAUGUCUCAUAUACUAUGUCUUGUAUAUGAGCCCCAGCUGAGGUCAGCGUGGAUACGCAAACAGACAUGCAGUAUCAUACUAUAUCAUCACCUGUUGAUUUCUUUCCAUCUCCAUCCUUUAUCUACAAUGUAACUUCCCUUCCUCCAAUUUCUUACCCUGGUCCAAGAUCGGUUUGUGCUGCCAUGCCAACUCCUACGGUCAUUGUCAAGUACUUUGACGUUAUAUUUGCAAACCUAGUUUUGUGUAGGCUACAGGACCCCCAAGGAGUUAUCCCUCUGCAUGAGUAGCGCUAUCUCAGAGAAAUGGAGACAAGGCGACUGAGAAGAGACAUUGAAGCCCUUCUGGGAGAUUACAUUGGUCAGAAACUGAGAGAGAAUGGCUUUGACCCCAAGGGGAAAGGAUCCACUAGCAUGCUGGAUGACCUGGCCCAUUAUGACUUGGCCAUAAGUGUUGCCCUUUGGUGGCUAGAGAAAGAGGAGCGACAUGAUGUGAUGGACAGAGACAUUGUUGGAGUGGGCAGCCCAGGUUAUAAUGACCAGUACCCCAACCACCUGGAGAGAGAAGCCAUGAUCCUUUCUUCCUUCGCUGGGAUGAUCCUGAAUAGCUUGCCUGUAAAAGACAUUCUUGCCCUCUACACCACCAAACCGUCUGCCGCUUAUCCCCACCAGCACUCCAAGAGCGCCAUUGUUCAUCCCUUCACCUUGUCCUAUCACCCGUUUGCCAUGCUGGGCUCAUUCAAGGCCGUGGACCACUCCAGAAAGCACACCCAGAAUUUGAAGCGAUGGCUAUCUGUGCAGGGUAAACGAGGUGCUGCCCCUGAUGGACGGAGGGCCUUGGUGCAGUCCUCCUCAUCCACAUCUAACUCCUUUCUCUGUGACAGUGGUGAGUCCUUGAAAGAACAAGCAGAGCAUUAUGAAGUACCACAAUAAUCUCUACAGGAUUAAGCAAAGUCCUUUCCUCUUCUGUGUUACUACACCAUUAUUAUAUUGUUAUUACAUGGUUAUUACAGGGUUAUUCCUGUGUUAUUACACUGGGUGAAAUUUGUGACGUCCCUGUUAUGAGCCUGCUACUAUGAGCCUGCUACUACUGGGCCUUCACAUUCAAGGAACCCUGGCCAAUAGUAAGUAUCAAUCCUCCAGUGUGUUAUCAUGUCACUAGGGGUUUCGUCUAUAUUAGGUUGUAGCUCAGACCAUGUCCAUCUAUAAGCAAUACAAAUGUUUGACUACAUCAGACAUUACUGUACACACUUUACUGUACAAUAAACCAUUCACUGUCUGUAACAAAGUUGCCUAGUUAAAUAAAGGUUCAAUUAAAAAAUACAUAUGUAUAUCAGUUAUGUGACAAUCAGGCAUGUAGUGUUUAAGUGCUAAUUAUGGGGGAAUUCUGACCCGAGUUAAGCGCUCCUAAAUGGAAUGUAUUUUUUAUGCAUUUUUUUUUCUCUAUGCAUAUUCUGACCUUGAGAAUAGCAUGCCAAUCACCCGCUAUUCGUUUGGGGUGGAGAUCAAAGAGAGGAAGUUGUGUCAACAUACAGUGGGGCAAAAAAGUAU